AUGACCCACGGCAGUCCCAGUUCAUCCCAGAGACUGGUGACCCCUGAAGCUGACCAUGUGGAACCGGCACUCGCCGACGAAGAUGAGAGCCUGGCAAUAGCAGAGCCGGGCGGCAUCAGCAUCACCGCAGGCGGGACAGACCCCGACUUGUUAACCUGUGGACAGUGUCAGAUGAACUUCCCGCUGGGAGACAUCUUGGUUUUUAUAGAGCACAAGAGAAAACAGUGCAAUGGCACUGGUGGUGCCUGCUAUGAAAAGAGCAUGGAUAAGAGCAGCCCUCCCCCCUCCUCACGCGCCGAGCUCAGGAAAGUGUCAGAGCCAGUGGAAAUCGGGAUCCAAGUCACACCCGAUGAAGAAGACCGUCUUCUCACGCCUACAAAAGGAAUUUGCCCCAAGCAGGAGAACAUUGCAGGGCCGUCCAGGCCUGCAAACCUGCCGGGGGCUCCCAUAGCUGCCUCCUCCCACCCUCACACAUCCGUGAUCACGUCACCUCUCCGCGCAAUGGCCUCCCUCCCGCCCUGCCUUAGCCUGCCCUGCUGUGGUGCACGUGCAGUCUCAGUUGGCGGGACUCAGACUGAGAUUCAGACUGAGACGUCAGGCACAUUUGGAUGUCAUUGUCAGUUGUCAGGUAAAGAUGAGCCUUCAAGCUAUAUUUGCACAACAUGCAAGCAGCCUUUUAACAGCGCUUGGUUCUUGCUUCAGCAUGCCCAGAACACACAUGGAUUCCGCAUCUACCUGGAAACGAGCCCUUCCAACAGUUCCCUCACUCCACGCAUCACCAUCCCUCCUCCUCUGGGACCGGAGACUGUUGCACAGUCCCCGCUGAUGAAUUUCCUCGGAGACAACAACCCCUUCAAUCUCUUGCGGAUGACAGGACCCAUCUUGCGUGAACACCCUGGCUUUGGUGAGGGUCGGCUCCCAAACACGCCCCCGCUCUUCAGCCCGCCGCCUCGUCAUCAUCUGGAUCCACAUCGCCUUAGUGCCGAAGAAAUGGGGUUAGUUGCCCAGCAUCCCAGUGCCUUUGACAGAGUUAUGCGUUUAAACCCCAUGGCAAUUGAGUCCCCAGCGAUGGAUUUCUCCAGAAGGCUUCGAGAGCUGGCAGGAAACAGUUCCACCCCUCCGCCAGUCUCGCCCAGUCGCACCAACCCUAUGCAUCGCCUGUUGAAUCCUUUCCAGCCGAGUCCUAAAUCACCUUUUUUGAGCACCCCGCCACUGCCCCCCAUGCCCCCCAGCAGCACUACGCCUCCCCAGCCUCAGGCCAAGAGCAAGUCCUGUGAAUUCUGUGGGAAAACAUUCAAGUUCCAGAGUAACCUUAUCGUGCACCGGCGCAGUCACACAGGAGAAAAGCCCUACAAGUGUCAGCUCUGUGACCACGCUUGCUCCCAGGCCAGCAAGCUAAAACGCCACAUGAAAACACAUAUGCAUAAAGCUGGCUCCAUGACGGGCAGGUCAGACGACGGACUGUCCACCACUAGUUCGCCCGAGCCGGGCACAAGCGAGCUCACUGGAGAGGGACUGAAAUCCAGUGAGGCAGAUUUCAGGAACGAGAGUGAUCCUUCCCUGGGCCAUGACAACGAAGAAGAGGAAGAGGAGGAGGAGGAGGAAGAGGAGCUCGAAAACGAGAGCCGGCCAGAGUCGAGCUUCAGUAUGGACUCGGAGCUGAGUCGCAACCGAGAAAACGGCUCCAAGUCGCUGCCGGACGAGAAAUCCCUCGUCCUGGGAAAAGUAAUUGAGAAUGUAAGUCUAGGUGCCAUCCAGCAAUACAAUGACAUGCUAGCCGAAAAACAGAAGAGGAGUAGCUUCAUGAAAAGGUCUUCUGACCAGCGAGACUUGUGUCCUCGAGACCUCUGUCAGAGAGAUCCAGGUGAUGAAGACUCAGUGGUAGGAGAGCUGGACCGCACCGAGGAAGGGACGGUCAAUGGAAGAAACUUUGGCCCGGGCGAACCCUUCCCAAACUUGUUCCCCCGCAAGCCGACGCCUAUCACGAGCCCCAGUUUAAACAAUUCCUCUAAAAGAAUAAAGGUAGAGAAAGAUUUGGACUUGCCACCAGCAACGAUUAUACCUUCCGAAAACGUUUACUCCCAGUGGCUGGUAGGGUACGCGGCAUCGCGGCACUUCAUGAAGGAUCCGUUCCUCGGAUUCACAGACUCCCGACAAUCCCCCUUCGCGACCUCUUCCGAGCACUCGUCGGAGAACGGGAGCCUGCGUUUCUCCACGCCGCCGGGGGACAUGCUGGACGGGGGGCUCUCAGGGCGCAGCGGCACGGCCAGCGGAGGCAGCACCCCCCACAUCAGCGGUCCCGGCCCCGGGCGACCCAGUUCGAAGGAAGGGCGGAGGAGCGAUACAUGUGAGUACUGUGGCAAGGUC